AUGGACUCAUUAAUACCAUUCACAACCUCAGGAUCUCUGGUAGACUGCGUAGACAAGAAGGUGCUGAUAGUUCUGCGUGAUGGGCGCAAACUUGUGGGCGUGCUGCGUUCAUAUGACCAGUUCGCCAAUCUGGUGUUAGAGGACUCAUAUGAGCGUAUAUUUCAUGGACUGGAGUACGCGGAUGUGUGGAAAGGCGUGUUCGUAAUACGAGGCGAGAAUGUUGUGCUACUAGGAGAGAUCGAUUUGGACGUCGAAGAUGAAGUUCCGCUAGUCCAAGUACCGUUACAACAGAUCCUACCUCUACACAAUGCCGAAAACGAAACAAGAAAGAAGAACGAAGUUGAAAAGGCAAACAUUCUAAUGGAGCACGGUUUUGUAAAGGAGGGAGGAGAGGGAGACGGAUAUUGAGGAUGUUCAAUGAGAGCAUGUGAAGAACUCUGCCCGCUGCCCUUGUUGUAUGAGAUCAAAGGCUUCACACCUGUGAGACUUGAUCGUUAUCCACCUGUGAGACUUGAUCGUUAUCCACCUGUGAGACUUGAUCGUUAUCCACCGUGCUUCGUGGAGAAGGAUGACAGACCCGCGACGCGGUGAGCCUCUUGCGGGAGUCAUCAGCAUUGAUACUUUGCGUUGGAGUGAUGGUAGCACGGUGUAACCGAUAGUCUACA